UGCUGGAGCCCAAGCUGCUUCACCUGCAGCAGGAGGCAGAGGAGCUGGCUAUCUCGCACCCGGCCAAGGCCAUGGAGGUCCUGGAGCCCUUCGAGGGCAUCAGUGUGGAGUGGGAGGAGCUGAAGCGCACGCUGCAGGGCUGCGAGGACUCUCUGAUGGUGGCGGGGCGGCUGCAGCAGUUCAUCCAGGACCUGGACUCCUUCCUGACGUGGCUGGUGCAGACGCAGACGGCGGCAGCUAGCGACGAGCUGCCCAACGCGCUAGAGGAGGCCGAGAGGCUGAUCAACCGCCACGCGGCCCUGAAGGAGGAGAUCGGGAGGUACGAGGAGGACUACGAGCGACUGCAGGCGGUCAACGAGCUGCUGGAGGCCGAGGAGGCGCCGCUGCCAUAUGCGGCGCUGCAGCAGUGGCUCCAGAAGCUGGAUGUGGGCUGGAACAAGCUGCUGGAGAUGUGGGAGAGCCGGAGGGAGGUGCUCGUGCAGGCGCACAUCUUCCACCUCUUCCUGAGGGACGUCAAGCAGGCCGAGGCCUUCCUCAACAACCAGGAGUCAGCCUUGGCUCACGUUGAGCUCCCCACCACGGUGGAGACAGUGGAGGCUGCCAUCAAGAAGCACAAGGACUUUACCACCACCAUGGAGCUCAACCUGCAUCGCAUCAAGGCUGUCAUCGAGGCCGGAGAGAGCCUCAUUAGCCAGAGCAACAUCUACUCGGACCGCAUCAGGGAGCGUGUGGACACCCUCGCUAACAGAGGCAACCAGAACCGGGAAUUGGCCCAACAGUGGCUGGAGAGGCUCAACGGCCAGUGGGGGCUCCAGAGGUUACUACAGGACUGCCACGAGCUUGGAGACUGGGUGGCAGAGAAGAUGCUCAUGGCUCGCGACACGUCCCGCGAUGAGACGCAGAAGCUGCACAAGAAGUGGCUGAAGCACCAGGCCUUCAUGGCCGAGCUGGCCCAGAACAAAGAGUGGCUGGAGAAGAUCGAGAGGGAGGGCCAGCAUUGAUCCAGGAGAAGCCCGAGCUGAGGUCCCGUUGUGCGGAGGAAGCUGGGGGAGAUCCGGGAGUGUUGGCAGGACCUGGAGAGCACCACCCAGGCCAAGGCCCGCCAGCUGUUUGAAGCCAACCGGGCCGACCUGCUGGUGCAGAGCUACACCAGCCUUGACCAUCGGCUGCACCAGCUUGAGGGACAACUGUGCUACGUGGACCAGGGUCAGGACCUGACCAGCGUCAACAAGCAGCUCAAGAAGCUCCAGACGAUGGAGUGUCAGAUGGAGGAGUGGUAUAAGGAGGUGGGGGAGCUGCAGGUGGCGGCGGCCUCCAUCCCCCAGCAGGGCCAGGUCAUGGACACGGUCAGCGAGCGCCAGGCCGCCGUGGAGACACGCAUCGUCCGCCUCAUCGAGCCGCUCAAGGAGCGCCGGCGUAUCCUUCUGGCCUCCAAGGAGGUUCACCAAGUGGGCCGGGACCUGGAGGACGAGAUACUGUGGGUGCAGGAGCGGCUGCCUGCCGCCACGUCUCAGGAGCACGGCUCCAGUCUACAGGCUGUGCAGCACCUCAUGAAGAAAAACCAGACUCUGCAGAGGGAGCUACAGGGCCAUCGGGCGAGGGUGGAGGACGUCCUGGAACGAGCUAAUGUCAUCGCCUCCAUCCGCAGCCCCGAGGCUGACUGUGUGCGGGCGGGCCUGGAGCAGCUCAGCGGGCUGUGGGGUCUGCUGUGGGCCGAGACAGAGAGAAGACAGCUGGUGCUGGAUGCCAUGUACCAGGCCCAGCAGUACUACUUUGACACGGCCGAGGUGGAGGCCUGGCUCAGCGAACAGGAGCUGCACAUGAUGAAUGAGGAAAAGGGCAAGGAUGAGCCCAGCACCCUGCAGCUACUGAAGAAGCACCUGGUACUGGAGCAGACGAUAGAGGACUACGCUGAGACGAUAGGCCUUCUCUCCCAGCAGUGCAGACAGCUACUGGAGAUGGGACAUCCAGACAGUGAGCAGAUCAGUAAGCGUCAGUGUCAGAUGGACCGGCUGUACGUGUCUCUGAAGGACCUGGUGGAGGAGAGAAAGUCUCGUCUGGAGCAGCAGUACUGGCUCUACCAGCUCAACCAUGAGGUGGACGAGCUGGAGCAGUGGAUCGCUGAGAGGGAGGUGGUGGCCAGCUCGCCAGAACUGGGACAGGACUUUGAACACGUCACGAUCCUGCAGGAGAAGUUCACAGAGUUUGCGUCGGAGACGGGCAGUCUGGGUCAGGAGCGUGUGACAGCGGUUAACCAGAUGGUGGACGAGCUGAUCGACUACGGCCACGCCGAGGCCGCCACCAUCGCCGAGUGGAAGGACGGCGUGAACGAGGCCUGGGCCGACCUCCUGGAGCUCAUGGAGACCCGGGCACAGAUGCUGGCCGCCUCGCACCAGCUCCACAAGUUCUUCACCGACUGCCGCGAGAUCUUGGCCCAAAUCGAUGAUAAGCAGCGGAGGCUGCCCGAGGUGCGGGCACGCCAGGGUGGCACUGCCAACACCAGCACCCUGCAGAGGCUCAUGCASAGCUUCGAGCACGACAUCCAGCUGCUCGUCACUCAGGUAAGGCAGCUCCAGGAGAGUGCYGGUCAGCUCCGGACCAUCUACGCCGGGCAGAAGGCUGAGGCCAUCGCCGGCCGGGAACAGGAAGUGAUGCAUUGCUGGAAGGAGCUCUUGACUUCCUGCGAGGAGUGCCGAGUGCAGAUCACCACGGCAACAGACAAGCUGCGGUUCUUCGGGGUGGUGCGAGACCAGAUCAUGUGGAUGGACAGCAUCAUCUCUCAGAUCGGCACAGGGGACAAUCCAAGCAUUCCCCACAGCGAUAUAACGGGCUCUGGACUCUCUGGUCCUUUCAGGGAUGUGUCCUCAGUGGAGGUACUUAUGAACUACCACCAGAGCUUGAAGAGCGAGGUGGAGGCGCGCAGUAAGAGUGUGCUGCAGUGCAUCGAGAUGGGCAAGACGCUGCUGGCCGCGCGCAACCCUGCUGCUGAGAGUACCUGGCACCUCAAGUCUCUGUUUGAUAUUAUCCCAAGCCAUUCCAUCAUUUGGAACCACAGUAAGCUACAACUGAGCAACAGUUGCUGGAGGUGCACCAGUUUGCGCAGGAAGCUGGUGGCUGAGCCUGCUCACGCCCAGGAGCCCUUCAUCAACAGCAUGGACUGGCGCCAGCGUGGACGAGGUGAGCAGCUCAUCCGCCGCCACGAGGCCUUCCGCAAGCGCCGCCCACCUGGGAGGAGCGCUUCAGCUCGCUACGACGCCUCACCACGCUCCCCCCUGAUGAGACGGAUCAUUUACGAGCAGGCCGAGCACAGAGCUGAAAGGCCCUCCCAGGAACCCUUGCCCUCCUCCGUGGCCCGCCGCUUGGGAUCCACCGCCCGAGGGGAGGUCUCUAAAGUGCCGAACGGCGUGCCAGAGAWGUCUUCCGGACGUCCAGACCGGCCGCGAGCACGGGACCGCCCUAAGCCCCGGCGGAGACCCAGGCCCAAGGACCACUCUGCAGGAGAGGCCACCACCCGGCGGUCACGCUCGGCGCCAGAGCCAGGGAUGGCCCAGAGUGUGAGCCCCUCAGUCCCCCAGCCGCCCAGCCACACAGCCCACCACGAGGGCUUCCUCUUCCGCAAGCUGGACAUCGAGACCAUGAGGAAGAGCUCUAACAGAUCCUGGGUCAACCUGUACUGUGUGCUGAACAAAGGAGAGAUAGGCUUCUAUAAGGACGCUAAGAACACCACCACACCUUACAACAACGAGCACAUGCUCAACCUCGGCCACUGCCACUGCGACGUCACCCUUGGAUACAAGAAGAAGAAAAACGUCUUUACACUUAAAACGAAAGACGGAAGUGAAUUUCUGUUCCAUGCAAAGGAUGAGUCACAGGACGAUCUAAAGGCCUGGACCACCAACAUCAACAAGAGCAUCGCAGAGCAUGAGGAGAUUGCCAAAUGGGGUCAGCCCCAGCCUACUACCUCAUCCACGGACGAGGGCACGCGCCGCGACGGCAGCAAGGCCGAUAACAAGUCAGAACGGGGAGAAAAGUCUGACCGGGGGGAAAGGCCGCAGAGAGCCGAGCGCUCUGAGAGGUCGGAUAAGGGUGAGACCAAAUCGGACACCAAGCGUUCAGAAAAGUCCAGCAAGAAGAAAUGAGUUUGAUGUUGUGCGGUGGGUGGGGGAAAGGGAGAGGGGUAUAAAAGACUUCCAAUCAAGACCCAACCCUUUCCUCUCAUCUGUCUGCUUCAGUUCUGUUUAGUGUCGAAAAAGACAGGAAAAUCACCCUGGUGAACUGACAUGAGGGAUUUGAAGCACGAAUAUCAGUGUACCCCUCCUCGUUGCCCUCUCUCUUCAUCUCUGUUGCUCUAAGGGUGUCAGACCUGGUCACUAACACUUAUUGCCUGGCUCGUUCCACCUCUGCCCUCUGGUGGUGAUACCGGUGCACUGCAGAAAGCAGAUGAUCCUCCUAGUCAGGGCAGCAAUGUGAGAGAGAUGGACACUCAUGUAACAAGAGGGUUGUCACUGGUAGUAUGAAAAAGUAGCUCAUAACGUUUUACGUUUAUUUUUUGUAAGAGAUGAGCUGUAUCUGUAUGCAACUCUUGUCUGUCUAUUUAUGUAUUGUAUGUCUAGAACAUCCAAUUGUAUACUCCCAAACAAAAGAGAAUGAAAUAUGCCUAAAUGUUUUUCACAACUGGCCUCUUUUUGGAGAACAAUUAUUUUCUGUUUCCUUUUUUGUAUUUCUGCUCGUUCACUCUGCCAUCAUUCUUUUCUGGACUCUCUUUUCUCACUUUGACUUUCUUCAGUACAAAACUGUAAUAUCAUCAAACUCAUCCAAAUUGAAUUUGUACAAUUCAACAUUGAGCCAGAGGAGAAAGCGAAGAGGCAGGUAACAUCAGCCUUCACAAAGCUUGUUCUGGCUUUUGAAUGGAUGACCUGGAACCUUUACCCGGAGGCUGGCCCCCACGGCCAUACUCAGCUAUGCCUUCAUCUGGGGCCCCCGAGAGGCCCCCAGGGACCCAGCAGCCAUAGCCACCCAGCACCAGAGGGAUAGGACUGGAAGCCAUCUCGCAAGACCAAACCUCCCCCUUUCUUCUCAAAGACUAUCAGAUGGUGGUAAUCGCAUUCCACAUACCCAGUCAACAUUAUUUUUGUCCAUUCAGAAAAUAUCACAAUGCUUUUUAUAGACAGUCAAAGAGAAAUUAAGUUGUGUGUGUCUGAGCAUGUGUGUGCGGGUGUGUGUGUGUGUCUGUUCAGCUGCUCACCACUCCCAGGGUUUUCAUAGCUCAGGUUUUUUCGUUCACAUCUGCGUCCUCAGUUCUCCCUCAGUCUUCCAGGCACUGCCGUUCCACAGGCCAGGCUUCUAACAGCUCAACUAACCACAGGAGUUGAUGAGGACACAGCAAGGAUCUAAGUUCAGGGGCCACACAGAAGUGAUAUGGUGCCGAUUGGUCACUCCAAGGCCUCAGGAGUGCAAGUCGAUGUCAGAUGGAUGUAAACAAAAGCUUCUGGAUGAAUGAAUCACAUGCAUGUCUUGCUUGGGAUAUAAAUCUCUUGUUGAGAGGCUUUGCAUAGCAGUCCGAUCCUAUGUUCCUCUCACAGUAUGUAGCGAUCAGCAACGAUGUUCACUUUGUCCCUCUCCAUGCAUCAUACAAUACAAUUAUCUGUUUUGUCUUAGCACUGCAAAGCCAUAUUUGGUAACGGGAAGUCUCACAUUAUGGAAGCUAGUGGACAAAUCCUUUGCCUGUUCCUUACAUCAGAGAUUUGUACAGAAGUGAGGAGUGACGGAGACGAGAUAGUACAGUGCAAAUAUCAUGAAAUCUUUCCUGAGUAGCUUUUUCUACCUUGUUUUUUAAACACAUUUUAUGCAUCUAUAUAGGCGUUGAAUGCCAAACCAAUGCAAUCCACAACAAGGCAAGGAUCAGCAGAACUUAUUUUUGAAUGAACAUAACUAUCACAUGGAAUGUGAAAUACAGUACAAUACAUGACAUAGGACACACUCAGAUAGGGCACUGUGGACAUCUGUGAGAUUCUGUGGUGAAUUUUGAGAUUUGUAUGACACACUACUGAGAGGCAUACAGUACAAUUAGCAUAGUGUAGUGGGAGGAUACUAGCAAUAAACUGCUAGUCUGCCAAAUUCUUGCAUUCAGGAGUUUCACUGUGCAGUAUUCACUACUAUCUAUUGUUUAGAGUAGACUUAUCUUGCCUGGGCAGCUCAUAUGGAGGAUGUCUCAUUCCAAAAACAAUAUGCUCAAUAAAAACGAGUUGGUUUCAAAUUGAUGUACGCAACUGUCUUAACACUAAUUUGGAUGUGUCCGAAUGGUAACUUUGUUUGGAAAUGUUGCUUACCAUUGCAUUCUCUGUGUACUGCUGUCACAGAUAUCCUAUUUGUAUACCAUAGUCUCACUCUAAACAGAUUGUAUACAGUCAAAGUAUUAUGGUGGCUUAGGGAGGUUGCCAGGAACUUAUUGUUGAUGCGAAAAGAGAAUUUAUAUGCAACUUUUCCUUUGCACUAAAACACUCCCCCAUUGCACAGUGCUAUUGCUUGAGGAGCAGUGGUGCUUAAGGGUCGGAGAGGGAAAUGUGUUUAUUUCAUUACAGGAGAAUGUUUGAAUUAUCUUCAUGAAUGAACAUUAAGUACACUAGCCUGAAAAGUCUGAGAGUAUCAUGUUCAACCAUGAUAUGAGAUUUCACACUGCAGUUUUUCAUGCUCGUCUUGCUUGCUACACUUUACUAACAGCUGGAAUUCCAGCUACAAUGCAUGAAGUACGAGUUUCGAAAAGACAUCACAUCCUAAAACCAAACAGGCCUAUACAAUUAUUCAUGCUAUCUGGAUAAAUUACCAGUAGUCAUUUUCCAAAUGUGGGCCAGCACGUCUGUUGUCAUGGCCAAGGGCCCGAUCCAUGUUAUCCUGUACUUUUCUGUUUCACAGAGGGCAAUUUGAGCUUAUAGACUUUCAAAUGACAAACCAGCUGGAUGUUGUUAAUGACUAGAAAGCACAAUUUUAUAACCUACAGUUGAUACACACAAGCAUUAACAUGUCAUAGGGAGACUUGUGAGAGGAAUCCCAUUAUUGAUACAAUGCUUCUGUAUUAGCUGUGCACUCAUGAUGUUUCAGUUAUGUUAGAACAUCAUUGCGUAACUGGGCAUCUGUAAUGUGUGAUGUGCGUUAAGUCCUGGAGUGCUUCCUUCAUGAAAGCAUUCACACCGCAACUGUUACAAAUCAAUAGUCUAAUGCCAUUAUAAACCAAAAUCCGUAUUUUCUAGAAUACGUUAUUUUUUUCAUUUCAGGGAAUAAUGAUUACGUUGCUGUUUUCAUCCAGGAUGUUCCAUUGUUAUUUGUUGACAAAGUCGAUGCUCAACACCUACUGUUCAUUUCCUGACCUUUGACCCUAGAGCACCACUGUUUUUAGGGAACUACUGAAUGGAUGUUUUGCAAAGUUCAACAGCUUGAUGACCUGUACAAAAUGUAAUUGCUUAAAGUAUUUUCUGUAAAGAAAGAAUUACGUUUUUUUUCCUGUUCUGCUGUGAAAGGGAGAUUUUUUUUGGGGGGGGGGUGUUCAACAAAUUGAAAUGAAAUGGUUCAUUGGUACAACAUCAACAGAAAACAUCACAAUAUCAGGACAAAGAAGUUGCAUGAAUUACAUAGUCCCUAUUAUGAUACUGCUCUGCAUGUUUUGAAGUCUCAUUCCGCCAACCACUGUACAAUUAUGGGGUGACACACUUGCUUACAUGGAAAAGSUGAAUGAAUGAAUAAUAAUGUAUAAAACAGAUCCAACUUAAAAUCA